AGGGAGGGGCUGGCGGCCUCUCGGUGCCCCCUCCUCGGUUCGCUCGCUCGCUGUCUCCCUCUCUCUGUAAGUGAAGAGAGGAGGAGGAGGGGAGUUGGGGGGAGGAUCUCCAUUGAAAUAAACAACCAGGCAGCAGUUAUUAACACGGGAACAUGGCGGCCACAGCCUCCGCUCCAGCCGGGAAGGUCAGCGCCGUAGGCAGCCGCCACCUGAUUGACUGACUGACCCACCGACUGCCCGGUGGCUUGAAAUGUAUCAAAGUACUGAAGAUCAUACACCCACAACUGGUAGAACUGGUCUGAUUACUUAUUUGAAUCUUGUUUUCAUUUGUACCUUGCUACAAAUUUACAGAUCUUUCAUACUGUGUACUGAAUCAGUUGCUGAUAUGUGUUCAAGAUGAGUGGGAUGGGAGAAAAUACCUCUGACCCAUCUAGGGCAGAGACAAGAAAGCGAAAGGAAUGUCCUGAUCAGCUUGGACCCAGCCCUAAAAGGAACACAGAAAAACGCAACCGUGAGCAGGAAAAUAAAUACAUUGAAGAGCUUGCCGAGCUGAUAUUUGCAAACUUCAAUGACAUUGACAAUUUUAACUUUAAACCUGACAAAUGUGCAAUCUUAAAAGAAACUGUGAAGCAAAUUCGUCAGAUUAAAGAACAAGAGAAAGCAGCAGCUGCCAAUGUAGAUGAAGUACAGAAGUCAGAUGUCUCGUCUACAGGUCAAAGUGUUAUUGACAAGGAUGCACUUGGACCAAUGAUGCUUGAGGCCCUUGAUGGCUUCUUCUUCGUAGUGAACCUGGAAGGUAAUGUGGUAUUUGUUUCUGAAAAUGUGACACAAUACCUAAGAUAUAACCAAGAAGAGCUGAUGAACACAAGUGUAUAUAGCAUCCUGCAUGUAGGGGACCACGCGGAGUUUGUCAAAAACCUGCUACCAAAGUCUUUAGUUAAUGGGGGACCUUGGUCCAAUGAAGCUCCUAGGCGGAACAGCCAUACUUUUAAUUGUCGAAUGCUAGUAAAACCUCUAACUGAUUCUGAAGAAGAAAGUCAUGAUAGCCAAGAAGCACAUCAGAAAUAUGAAACUAUGCAGUGCUUUGCUGUUUCUCAACCAAAGUCCAUCAAAGAAGAAGGGGAAGAUUUGCACUCCUGCUUAAUAUGUGUGGCAAGAAGAGUUCCUAUGAAGGAAAGACCUGUUCUUCCCUCAUCGGAAAGCUUUACUACUCGCCAAGAUCUCCAAGGCAAGAUCACUUCACUGGAUACUAGUACCAUGCGUGCAGCGAUGAAACCAGGCUGGGAGGAUUUGGUAAGAAGAUGUAUCCAGAAAUUCCAUGCCCAGCAUGAAGGAGAAUCUGUAUCAUAUGCCAAGAGGCAUCAUCAUGAAGUGCUGAGACAAGGACUGGCAUUCAGUCAGAUCUACCGUUUUUCCUUGUCUGAUGGCACUCUCGUUGCUGCCCAAACGAAGAGCAAGCUCAUUCGUUCCCAGACUACUAAUGAACCUCAGCUUGUAAUAUCCUUGCAUAUGCUUCACAGAGAACAGAAUGUGUGUGUAAUGAAUCAGGAUCUAACUGGACAAGCUAUGGGGAAGCCAUUGAACCCAAUUAGCUCUAGCAGCCCUGCCCAUCAGGCCAUGUGCAGUGGGAACCCAGGUCAGGACAUGACCAUCAGUAGCAAUAUAAAUUUUGCCAUAAAUGGCCCAAAGGAACAAAUGGGCAUGCCAGUGGGCAGGUUUGGUGGUUCAGGGGGAAUGAACCAUGUGUCAAGCAUGCAGGCAUCGACUCCUCAGGGUAGUAACUAUGCACUCAAAAUGAAUAGUCCCUCACAAAGCAGCCCUGGCAUGAAUCCAGGACAGCCAAACUCUAUGCUUUCACCAAGGCAUCGAAUGAGCCCUGGAGUAGCAGGAAGUCCUCGAAUCCCGCCCAGUCAGUUUUCCCCAGCAGGAAGCUUACAUUCACCUGUGGGCGUUUGCAGCAGCACAGGAAAUAGCCAUAGUUAUACCAACAGUUCCCUAAAUGCACUACAAGCUCUCAGUGAGGGGCAUGGAGUCUCUUUAGGGUCAUCGUUGGCUUCACCUGACCUAAAAAUGGGUAAUUUACAAAAUUCCCCUGUGAAUAUGAAUCCUCCCCCACUAAGUAAGAUGGGAAGUCUGGACUCUAAAGAUUGCUUUGGACUCUAUGGGGAGCCAUCUGAAGGUACAACUGGACAAGCAGAGAGCAGCUGCCAUUCUGGAGAACAGAAAGAAAACAAUGAUACCAACAUACCCCAGGUUGUCAGUGCUGAAAGGUCUGAUGGACAGAACAGACUUCAUGACAGCAAAGGACAGACAAAGCUCUUGCAACUCUUGACCACCAAGUCUGAUCAAAUGGAGCCUUCACCUUUAUCAGGCUCCCUAGGAGAAACUAAUAAGGACUCCACAGGUGGCUUGGCUGGUUCCGUAUCAACACAUGGGACCUCACUCAAGGAGAAGCAUAAAAUUUUGCACAGACUUUUACAGGACAGCAGUUCUCCUGUGGACUUAGCAAAGCUUACAGCAGAAGCCACAGGUAAAGAGCUGAACCAGGAUUCCAAUAGCACAGGUCCUGGUUCAGAGGUGACUAUCAAACAGGAACCAGUGAGCCCCAAGAAGAAAGAGAAUGCACUACUUCGUUAUUUGCUGGACAAAGAUGAUACUAAAGAUAUUGGUUUACCAGAAAUAACCCCAAAACUAGAGCGACUGGACAGUAAAACAGAUCCUGCCAGUAGCACAAAAUUAAUAGCUAUGAAAUCAGAGAAAGAAGAGAUGACUUUUGAGCCUAAUGAACAGCCUGGCAGUGAGCUGGACAACUUGGAAGAGAUUUUGGAUGAUUUGCAGAACAGUCAAUUACCACAGCUUUUCCCAGACACUCGGCCAGGUGCCCCAGCUGGAUCAGUCGACAAGCAAGCCAUCAUCAAUGACCUCAUGCAACUCACUGCUGAAAACAGCCCUGUUGCACCUGCCCAGAAACCAGCAUUGCGGAUUUCACAAAGCACUUUUAAUAACCCACGACCAGGGCAACUGGGCAGGUUAUUGCCAAACCAGAAUUUACCACUCGACAUCACAUUGCAAAGCCCAACAGGUGCUGGACCUUUCCCACCUAUCAGAAACAAUAGUCCAUAUUCAGUGAUACCUCAGCCAGGAAUGAUGGGUAAUCAAGGGAUGAUAGGAAACCAAGGAAACUUAGGGAACAAUAGCACAGGAAUGAUUGGUGGAAAUACUUCCCGACCUGCAAUACCAUCAGGAGAAUGGGGAUCCCCGGGCUCUGCAGUGAGGGUCACCUGUCCUGCCACAACCAGUGCCAUGAAUAGGCCAAUCCAAGGAGGUAUGAUUCGUAACCCAACUGCCAGCAUUCCUAUGAGACCUAGCAGCCAGCCUGGCCAAAGACAGAUGCUUCAGUCUCAGGUCAUGAAUAUGGGACCAUCUGAACUAGAGAUGAAUAUGGGAGGACCCCAGUAUAGCCAACAACAGGCUCCCCCAAACCAGACUGCCCCAUGGCCUGAGAGCAUCUUGCCUAUAGAACAAGCAUCUUUUGCUGGUCAAAAUAGGCAACCAUUUGGUACUUCUCCAGAUGAUUUGCUGUGUCCACAUCCUGCUUCAGAAUCGCCAAGUGAUGAGGGAACUCUUCUAGAUCAACUCUAUUUGGCAUUACGGAAUUUUGAUGGCCUUGAAGAAAUUGACCGAGCUUUGGGAAUACCUGAACUAGUUAGCCAGAGCCAAGCUGUAGAUCCAGAGCCAUUCUCAAGUCAAGAAUCCAGCCUCAUCAUUGAACAGAAACCCCCCGUUUUUCCUCAACAGUAUGCAUCUCAGGCUCAAAUGGCACCGGGUAGCUAUACACCCAUGCAAGAUCCCAACUUUCAUACACUUGGACAGCGACCAAGUUAUGCCACACUACGUAUGCAACCUAGACCAGGCCUUAGGCCAACCGGCAUAGUACAGAACCAACCCAAUCAGCUGAGACUUCAACUCCAACACAGGCUCCAAGCACAGCAGAAUCGCCAGCCACUUAUGAAUCAAAUCAGCAAUGUCUCCAAUAUGAACCUGACCCUGAGGCCUGGAGUACCAACACAGGGACCUAUUAAUGCACAGAUGCUGGCCCAAAGACAGAGAGAGAUUCUCAACCAACACCUACGGCAAAGACAAAUGCAUCAGCAGCAGCAAGUUCAACAACGAACUCUGAUGAUGCGAGGACAAGGGUUGAAUAUGACACCAAGUAUGGUAGCCUCUGGUGGCAUACCAGCAACUAUGAGCAACCCCCGGAUUCCCCAGGCAAAUGCACAGCAGUUUCCAUUUCCUCCAAACUACGGAAUAAGUCAGCAGCCUGAUCCAGGCUUCACUGGGGCAACAACUCCCCAGAGUCCCUUGAUGUCCCCUAGAAUGGCACAUACCCAGAGUCCCAUGAUCCAGCAGUCUCAGGCCAACCCUGCCUAUCAGUCCUCUUCAGAAAUGAAUGGGUGGGCACAGGGAAACAUGGGUGGGAACAGCAUGUUUUCACAACAGUCCCCACCACACUUUGGGCAACAAGCAAACACCAGCAUGUACAAUAACAAUAUGAACAUCAGUGUCUCUAUGGCGACCAAUACAAGUGGUAUGAACAACAUGAAUCAGAUGACAGGACAGAUCAGCAUGACCUCAGUGACCUCUGUGCCUACGUCAGGGUUGUCCUCCAUGGGUCCUGAGCAGGUUAAUGAUCCUGCUAUGAGGGGAGGCAAUCUUUUUCCAAACCAGCUGCCUGGGAUGGAUAUGAUUAAACAGGAGGGAGAUGCAUCACGGAAAUACUGCUGACCCCGAAAGCUGCUGGUGGCUUUUUCUUUCUUCAGCUACCUGGGCUCUUACCAGUUUUAAGAGCUGGCUGCCUUUGUUUUGACCCAGCUGACCUGCAAGCCAGUUUUGCUGGAGUGAGCUCAGCUUCCUAACUAGAGACGGGACUCGGCUGAUUCCCAAAGUGGAGUCAAAACGGCUGUUGCAGGAGGAGCAGCCUCUUCUUGACAGUCUGAAGCUCGCGUACAGACAUUGCUCAGUCUGUUCACUGCAUUCACCUUAGUGCAACUUAGAUCUCUCCUGCGAAGUA